GGGAGCAUGUAGGAGAGCCGGGUACCCCCCCCCGAAGAGGCUUGGUGUGGGGCAGCCAGUGGGGAUCCCCCAGAGCCACGUAGGCAUGAGAGUCUGCAUUUGGGGAAGGGGCGUAAAGAGUGCCCCCCUGGCAUCUGUUUCUGAGCAAUGACCUCCAAGGCUAAGAAGCGAGUGGUUCUGCCCACACGGCCUGAACCCCCCAACACCGAACAGAUCCUGGAGGAUGUCCAGCGAGCCCAGCCCAACGAUCCAGUCUUUGUCCUCCUGGUAGAACCCAGUGAAGACUUGCCUGCUCCAGUCAGAGCGAGACCGGAGGCCAAGAGGGAGCGCCUCUAUCGGCUGACCCAGUCCUACGUGGAGAUGAACCACCGCUUGCAGAAAGCCUGCAGCCUGCUCAAGGAGAAAUGCGAGGAGCUGAAACUGGCGGGCGCGAGCCUGGAGCAGGGCAUCCUGGAGAUGAAGCAGAGGGACGCUUGGCAGACCCUGGCCAUUCAGAUUGGGGAUACAAGGCGAGGCGGUUCAGAGGUGCCUCUCAUCUGUCGUAUUGCUUGAGCCCUACCGGACUUAUUAAUGACGACUGUACAUUUUUUUUUCCGAAUCUCACGCAUGCGUACGCUGUACAUCUCAACACUGUGUAUGGGUUUUUCCGCUGUUGUUCUGUGACGACAUGCCCAAAUCCAGCCGUCGCCAUGAGCCCCAUGAAGAUUGAAACGUCACCGCUGUGUUUGCCCCGGAGAUGCAGGAUCACGUAGAGAGGCUGUUCCAAUUUUUUUUUUUUUUUACUUCUAUGGUGUUUGCUCUCAGUCCCGUGCAGGUCUUUCAUGGCUGCCCUCCCUUCUCCUACUUUGCACAGACUUAAAACAAAAUGCCUCUGUUGAAAGAAACCCGGACACUUUCCAAAGUUUCUCAUACUUCAGACUUGGGCAAGUGAACUAGCUUCCUGGUUUGGCUGAAAUCUCCAGCAGCUGCUGCAAUGGCUGUAAUGUCUCCAUCUUCCUGCACAUUCCUCUAUGAUUUCUCCCUCUGGUACUGCCUGGAAGACGACCCCAUUGCCACCUCCAUAGGCGAGAUGCUCACGCAGCAAGGUUUCCGCGGUUGUAUCGAGCAUCAGGAUCGCGUGUGAAGCGGCCUGUAAAUUAGCCUCCAGCCCGGUGGAGGUUAUCCAAAACCAACCAGCGUGUACAUCAUUCUCCUGACGUCUUUCGCUUUCGGUGGCGACCCUUGGUGUGGUGUGAAGUGGUGGAACCUUCUCCACACGAUACAGCAGGAGGGAACCAAAGUCAUCCCCGUUUAUGUGGACGUCAGCCGCGAGCAGGUGCCCUUGGCUUUGAGACAUCUGAGCGGACUCGAAUACGACAGUCGUUUCUUUCAAGAGAGGCUUCUGCAGAGCUUGCGGCAGAGCAGGCCACGAACAGGGGCCCGGACGUCUCGCCGCCACCACCAACGCUAACAGCAGGGUUCACUUCUGACGACUCUCGGCAGCUGCAUGGUGGGAGGGGUGGGGGUGAGCACGGCGGUUUCGUUUCGGCUCCUGUCCCGCCUGGAAAUGAUUCGUGGUGGAUUUGUUUGGUGUUUUGACGUAGGCCCCCAUUGUGACAUUGGUUGGUAACUGUGAACGGAUCCCACUAGAUUUGUGCAUAGAACUGAAUUCAUAAGAAGGAUAAAUACCUCCCCCCCCCCACCCCCCCCCAAAGUGGUAGGUGUAUUGGGAGGGAAAGGGAGGGUUUGGGGUUUGUUGUAUGGUUAUUUGGAAUUUAGUGUUGAGAGAAAAAUCCAGGUCCGGAGGCUGCUGAUAAUCAUCUGGUUUAUUCAAGGGGAAUCUUAUUAAAAAGCAGUUUU